AUGCGCGGCAAGACUCCUCGAACAGCAAGAAAGAUUCUCAAGACACCGCGAGAAGCGCGAGUACCUUUGAGUGAUAUAUUCUCCUCCGGACACAAUGCUCGGCACAGCUCCGGACCUACUAAUCGAUUUACAAACGAGAUCGCGAAGCUUUUGACUAGCAACGAGAAGCUGCGAUCGCCUCUUCCCAGCACACAGAAUUCGAACCCGAAUUACAAUACCGACUCCGGCUACCAUGGAAUGCCGGAUUCCCUCCCAACAGACACCAACGAACCAGAUCAUCAAAUGGAGGUAGAAACAGCUACCCAAGUCAUCGAGGACUCGACAAUACUGCCCGUCGAUGAAGGCCCUAAGAGCCCUGCCAAUGUUCGUCGUAUUACCGAAGACUCGUUUCACUCCGCGAGAGAAGUUGCACCAAGCAAGGAAAACACGGUGGAGCCAAUGGAGUUUGAAUAUUCUCGCUAUAUCCCAAAGAACACAGCUUUGCCAAAGCAACAUCCUCUCAGCACCUCUCCUCGCCAAGAGAAACAGAACGAGAGCCAGAAUCGCCCUCAGCCCUUGGCCUCGCCCCAUCAACCAGAAGCUAAGGAGGAUCUGGACGAUCCUAAUUUCGAUGAUAUAGGCUCACCUUCAGAUGGUCCUACUCCGGUUCGAGCACCAAUUCGAAAAAGUAGUCUUACAUUUGCAUCCCUACCGGCAAGAGAGCCACUCACUACAAAGCGCAGCAUGGGGGGACGAAUGUCCAGGACUAGUCAUAUUGAUCCCCCGAAGAUGAACAUGAGCAUAGUUGGCCAACCCGGCUACCUUGGGAGGCAGACUGGUGGAAACCGAUUGACACAAAUGCUCUUGGAUAAUGAGAAAAACAACAAGCCUCUGGAAUCUAAUGACAAGGCCGGAACUGAUGAUUCGGCUGACAAUGACCAUGAUUCUGAUGCAGAAAAUAAAGCCCCAAAACGAUUGAACAAGUCGUCAACACAGCUUUUACACGAGAAAAUCAAUAUGCUAGGGAAGACUCAGGCCCCUCGUACCACCAAAUCUAUUGCUCCCGCUCCAUCGCUAGGUACACAGCAGCUCAGCUAUCCAGACCUUCCACCGCCUACUGCUGCCUCUUCAAAUGAUAAUACACAGAAUGCCUCUAUUUCUAGGCCCUCGUCCGCCAUGGAAGCUGCUCACGGCUCCCCUCAGAGAUUACCACCGACACCAAACCAUUUUACUUUUCCCGCUGAUAAGUUCCAACCUGAGGCCCAAAUUUAUAGGGACACUCCUAGUCCUGCUUCAAGAGCGCCUUCAGCUCAUCCCGUUUCACCUGAAAGGCGCUCGCCGGGCCCAAAACCAUUCCGGCCUGGAGGCUUUUUCCACAGCAAAUCUUCUUCUGUUCCUUCGUUUCCUAUCUCCCCACGGCCUGGCACGGCUGGCUCCGCCCAGAAAGCACCAUCUGUUGCGGAUACACCUGGCGAGUCCACUACACCGGCUGGUUCCCCUAAACGCUUCGAUGGCCCAUUAAGUGCAUCUAAAUCAAAGCUUCAAUCCUUAAUGAAAAGCGCCAGAGGACUUUUUGGCAGUAGCGCGAGCGUUUCCGCUACCGCCAAGUUGGAGACUCUUUCACCUACUUGGCAGCGCACCCAGGCUAGUACACAGAACCAGCCUCAAGCAACAGCUACUGACCCACCAAGUCCAGCUAAAGCUCCUCGAACCCGUGGCUCCAUCGAAAGGGAGCAUAGACGCAAAGAACAAGAGCUAAAAGAUCGCAAACAGAUGGAAGAGCAGGAACGAGUUAGGGAACGUGAGAAGCUACACCCAGAACCCACCAAGCCUGCAAAUAUACCCUCCAAACCUCAAAUCCUAGAUAAAGUGGAGGUACCACAACAUUCCUCAGAAAACCUCCCUGCUCGAAGGGUAGAGCCAGUGCCCAAGGCAGAACCUGCACGUCGUGAGCUUGAGCCCAGUACAGAAGAAGGACGAGGAGCAAACACUCAUGCCGCAUCACAAUCCCACCCGUUGCCCAAUGAAGGUCGUAGGCCUGCAAAAGCCAUUAGAGAAAUGCGAAAGCCGAAACCACAGCCUGUCAACAUACGUGUAGGAACUCUAUCUUCACAGCGAAUAAGGGCAGAAUCGGCAACCCCGGCACCCCCUUCAGCCCGUGAACCGACUGUCCAGCAAACGUCGGUUUCCAAAAAGGCUAGCAAUGCCUCUCUUCUCACCACGGCAUCUUCCAGUGGUAGCCUGAAGAGCUCUGCGUCUUCUGCGUCGUCGAAAUCAAAAGCUCUUCUAGCUGUGGAAAGAAAGAAGGAGCAGGUAAAUGCUUCUAAUACCAUAUUAUUUUUUAUCUCAUCUGAUACUUACUUAUCUGAACAGGAACAGCGAGAAGCCCAACGCAAGCUGGACCAGCGCCGUGAAGUCGAUCGUAAGAGACUUGCGCAGCAAGAGGAAGCCAGCCGACAGCUACAGCAAGAUAAAAUCCGCCACGAGCGAGAGCAAUCUGUUACUGACGAUCCAAAGACGCUUGCAAAGAAACAAGCGAUUGAGAAGAGGCGACUCGAGAAUGCCAAAAGAUUGGAGCAACAGCGUGGUCGACAACAGACUCCGUCAAAUGAUACCCCUCCGAGCCGACCACAUAAUUACCCACCACCAAACCCUGCAAAGCCUCCCAAGCGUGCACAUGAGGAGCAAAACACCGUCCGACCCCCUGCUACAAAAGCCGGCAGUGUUCAUCAACUUGACGGCAAGCGGAGGAAGACUGAAGAAGAGAUUGUUGCUCCUGAACCCACCGCGGUUCGACCAGCUAUGGCUCCUCCUAUUCGUCAGUCCAACGCGUCAAAACUUAAUAACUUCCCCAGUGUCUCCAAGUACGCAGCCGCUCCUCCUGUGAACUCGAUGCAAGGCUGCCCCCCAAUAUUUAAGAACCCUGCCGGCGCACAAAAACCCUUCCAAACCCUUCCCCAUCAAACCCAAGGUAAUCGGCCGGCCCAUCCCUUGGAGAUGGCGAAAUAUGCCAACGGAAGGAUUCCCUUUGCAGAACCUAAUAAUGUUCCGCCCCAGCCGACUUCCGCUCAUCUCAAAACGCCUGGUCAAAACAAACAUGUCAUACCUAAAUCUUCUCCAGCCUAUCCAAACGGCGAAAACAUUAAACUUCCUGAUAUUCCUACUGACAGUGAAGACGAAGACUCCGAUGCUGAGCCAUGUCAUGUCCCAGACUGGGCCAAGGAAGAGAACCUCCAUAACAUUCUUGUUCAACAAGAAAGCCAGGAUGGGGAGAUGGUCUUCGGCCCAUCUGCUCCCCUGCGGAUGGAAGAGAUCUUCAAAGGCAAUAAGGAGAGAUUACGCAAGUUCCGUGAUCGUACUAGCAGUGCGAAUUGGAACGGUCCGGACGGCUUGACACAGGAUGAGAUUAAGUGGGACAUGGCUGAAAGAGAAAAAUUGAAGAACAACGGCGGCUGGGUCUUCAGCCCUCAUUGA